ACUUUACUCUGGGUUCAACUUUCAUUAGCCAGCCUCUAUUAAACACGUUUAUAACUGUGAACGGCUUAAUGUGUGUCUCAAACAACCCACCUUUGCGUUGACAUUGACAGUGACAGUUACUCCGUUGCUAUGGCGGCAUUUUCGUAAAUUAAACUUCCACACGCUGAAAUUUACCAAAUUUCACCGGAAAAAUGUAAAAUCUUAAGCAUGUACUAUUCAUAUAGCGUUAUUUCAUGUACCUACGUGAGAAUGUAAAUUAAAGAUGAAAGUUUUACACAAAAAAUUCAGUGUUCGUUUGUUUUGUUUGUGAUUGUUGUUAUAUUUGUUAUUUGCACAAUGUCCUCAAAUAAUUUAACAAAGUCUGCGUAUGAAAAGGAUCAAAAUGAUAAUAAUAUGUGUAAGAAACAUGCCUCACGUUGUGAUAAAGAUCACUACCGCUCUGUGUGCCCAUCAAAACUGAGUAAACGUGAGCUGGAGGACUUGUAUUACUCCUUACUAGAGAAUAAUUUGGAUUUGAAACGAACUAUCAAUGCCCAAACUGAGAAGAACCGAAUAUUGUCAACCAAAGUGCAGAGAAUGACGUCUCAGUCAAAAACUUAUACGGGGAAGGACUGCUGUGCUGCGGCCAAAGCUGUUAUUAAUGAACAAAGAGCGGGAAUAGCGGACUUAACGAAAGCAAACGAAGCCUUAGCAGAUAGGAUCCGAAAGCUCAGCACACAGCUGUGUACGGCAAAACAGUUUCUGAAACAUAAUCCCAGUAACCGGAAUUGCUACAAGUGUUUUGCUAAUACUCAUAAUUCUAUCAAAAUUCAUUCGUCGAUGUCCUUGCAAAAUAAAUCGUCAGCCGCUAACUUGAAGUCUGCUGCAGUAUCUACUACACAAAUUGAACAAGAACCGCCUUCAACAAUAAUUGCUGAAACGAACACAUUAGAAAAUGAUGAGGGGCAUGUUGUAAAGAAGGACUCCGAAACAGUGUGCAGCGAAAACAGAUGCAGAUCAAUAGUGGAGCAGUUUAAACAGAAAAUAGAGGACUUGGAAGAGGAACUAGCAAAAACACAUACGGAGUAUUCAAGCCGCAUGACACAAUUAGAAAACCAGGUAUCACAGCUGCAGUCGGCCGUGUUGCGCGCACGAAGCGAGCAGAGUUUACGCAUCAAGGAUUCCUUGGAAGUCGUGCGCGGAAUUCGCAACGAUGACGGUGGCAAGGCGGAAUUAGAAACACAAUUAUCAAUCGAGAAGAGGAAAGUGGCUGAGUUAGAAAUGCAGCUCAAGGCGGCAGAAUUAUCCCAACAGGUUGCCAAGACUGUAGAAAAUCAUCUCAGUACUACUUAUCAAAUGCCCGUCCCGACUACAACGUCAACUAAAACGCCGAAUGAGCUAACAGUCCCCGACGACAAACUGUCCAAAUCAGAUGAUUCUGGUUACGCCGACCAUCGACAAGAAACCAACGAUGAUGAAAAGAAUAAUAAGACCAAUCUAGAGUUGAUGAAAAGGAUAGAGGAAAUUCAAGCGCAAUUAGACGCCUUACAAUCAGCAAAGACUGAAAAUGAUAACGCAGAACAAGAAUCAUCUCCCUAUUCUAAAUCAAUUGAUUACUACUACAAAUCUGACGAUGAACAAAAAUUUAAAGAUAAAAAUAUAUCGCCAAAGCCAACACGAAUAUCCAUUUCUGAACGUGAAGCCACAGUAAUAAAAUUACCAAGAGAACCUGAAAGUACAGAAGAAGUAAUAUUUGAUAAUGAAAGAAAACCUGACACAAUACAUAACAAUGAAAAACUAAAUACGAUGAUUGAAACGGAUACACCUACUAAAGAUAAUGAAUGUCGGUAUAGAGAAAUAUAUGUUAGGAAUGAUUCUAAUUCAGAUGAAAGUAAUGAAACUCAGAUAAACAAUUCACCUGAACAAGUUGUUGAAAAUUGCUCUGUUAAAUGCGAAUGCCCCGAUGACAAUACUGAUCAAGUUGUUGAAAAAACUUGCCCCAACGAUCUUGAAACAAAUACCUUGACGGAAAGUAAUGAGAACAAAAGUCCGGAAAAAUGCUUAAGUCGUAUGGUUAAUAAAGAAGAUCAGCUGUUGAGCUAUCCAAAAGAAAUUGAACAAGGGGACAACUUGCAAAAAGAGGUUGAAAUUGUAAAACCAAAACCUGUCAAUUAUUAUAAUAAAUCUAAUACAAAAAUACCACCAAUAGGUGAACAGGAAUCCAGUGUCAGACAUUCUUCUAUCGUUCGUACUCCGAAACCUUCAACGAAAAAAUAUGAUGAUAAUUUCCAGCAAAUACCAGGGCCUAUACCUAACAAUGACUCAGCAGCUAAACGAAAACUUUCUUUAACAAAGAAAAAGGCUAAACCUGUAGGGAAAAGGAAAAUUGAACCGGCCAAAGAUCAAAGUAAAGAUGAUAGAAAUAAAAAAGUCAAUAAAAAAGAUAAGGUUUUGGGGAAACAUGAUCAAAAGGAUGUAAACGAUACACUUAAAAUUGACACUAGCGCUACAAUUGGGUAUAACGGAACAGGGGAUCUUAAAAGUCAAGAAUAUGAGAAUGAGAAAUUGCCACUGGAUGUUACUCCUAAAACUAACGACAUAAGGAUUUAUGAAUAUGAUAUCUGCCAGCACCACGUAACCUUCUGCACAUGCCCCGAAAAGCCAGGUCCAUCUUUCUCCCUAUUGCGAUCAUGCAGCGGCAGUCAGAUUCUCGCUACCCUGUAUAAUGAUGGAAGGUUUAGGAGAUGCAGUUGCAGUGAGAGAGCGACUCGCGAUUGCUCCAUUUUAAGAGCUCCUGUAGGCUCAUCGACACCCAAAGCAGAAAGGGUUCCUAUUCCCAUAUCACCACACACUUAUACUAUAGAUUCUGAAAAGUCCAGAGCCAAUAGUCCUGCGAACACGGAACAUGAAAUAUCAGUGAUGACUGACUUACCUUCCGAGAACGAUGACCAGUAUGAAAGACUGUCUCCUGGCGAGCAUAGAACUAUAGCUACAAGCACAGAUACAUAUUCACCAUGUCAAGGAUACACACUCAGCGAAGGCGAAGUCCCCGCCAAUCUAGAACGCAGGACAUCCAAGUCCUUAGGAGAGGUCCGAAGAAACGACUACGCGAAAGACUCUUCAUUUGGCGAGCAAAGAACUCCAACGCAGAAAAUGGAGGCGACGUUACAGGUGAUCUCUCAGGAGUUGGCUCGCUGUCGAUCGCUGCUGCAGACCCAAAGGCCGCGGGAGAAGCAGAAGGCUGUCACAGUCGACCCCAUCUCCUUAGUGCUCCGGAAAACUGAGGGAAAGUCCCAUUUUGACGGCACAGUGACGCCAUUUUGCUUAUUUACGAUGCAUGUUGUGACUGUCGUGCUUUCUGAUGAGGCGAUUGUGAGAUCUCGCUACACUAACUUGGUUCUUAAAUGGCGCUUUGAGCACAAAACCACCAUGACGCCUUUGAGCAAAGGCCGCGUCACCUACUUCGACUUUUCCACGCAAUAUGAGUUGCAGAUGACUAAGGAAAUGGAAGAAUACUUGAAAAAUGAAGACGUGCCGAUACUGAUUUGCGAGAUGGACAGCGCUAAGGAGCCGUUUGCCACAUGCGCGUUGCCGCUGCGACAAGUGCUGCUGAACGUCAACAGGAGGGUUGACAUGUCUUUACCGUUAAGAACCGGUCCACAUCUGAAGGAGAAUCCAACCGUUUUACAAGCUAACGAAGAUUUUGGUGUGCUAGACGUGUGGUGCACGCUGCUUUGUAAAUAGAUACAACUAGCUUCCAGUUAAACUAUC